AAACGAGUUGGCAGAUCUUCCGUCUACUAACCCAACCUCGAAAUGUCACAGACACUUCACGCGUGUCUUGUUCGAUAUUUUGCACGGUUAGAGAGACUGGAUGACAGAUGGAAAGAAUUAUCGGGGAAAGCCCAAAGGCCGCUCGUGGCUCUCGCUAAUCAAGCCGAACAAUUUCGACAUGUUACGAACGUCAACACAAGUGAGACGGAGAAUAGUAUGGAUGAAGAAACGCGGGAAAGAUUGAUAUUUAAAAUCCUUAUGGGCCUCGAAGAUGAAAUUGCGCUUCUUUCUGAUAUCUUGAAGCAAUUUAAUGACGCCAAUCAAGAUUUGAAGAAUCAUUUGAUCAAUUUGGAAAAUGCCAGGAGUCAAGUAUCUUUAAAGGAUGAAACGAUGCAAGAAUUAAUUAAAGGAACGGCUUAUCGACCAACGCUCAAUUUGCUUCUACAAUGGGCCGUGGAAGGUUUCCAAUUUUAUCAUAACAUGUAUCUUCGUAUAAAGGAUCGCAUGAAAUCGAUCGAUUAUAAAACGGAAGAGACCAUUGAUAAUUUAAUGUCUUCCUUUGUAGAAGAACAGCGCGAGAGGAAGAAUAUACAAAAGAUACUCGCUUUUACGAAAUUCCUAGCUAAGGAGACUCUUCGUUAAGAAAACAAAAAUAUAUGAAUAAAACUGUAGAGAAGCAUAAAAAGUUAAAGAAGAAUAUUUUACAUUCUUAUGGUGUUUAUGAUACAUACUUUGUAUAGGAUUAUUUUUAUAAUAAAUA